UUUGCUCUCCUAUUAUUGAAGAGUCGUAAGACUAAUCAUCCUCGUAAAUCGAGGGGACUGAAACAAAUGGUACUCAUAAAGAUAGGAUUGGAGGGAACUAUGGAGGAGAUGCAAAGAAGACUCAAAGAAGCAGCGGUGGAAGGGAAUGUAAUUGCCUUGCUGAAAUUGCUUGAAGAAGAUAAGCUUGUCCUUGAUGGAUGUGCUACAGAUUGUCUUCCAGAGACACCUCUGCACAUAUCUGCCAUGCUUGGACACUUGGAAUUUACAAGAAAAAUCUUAUGUCGAAAGCCUGAAUUCGCAAAAGAACUCGAUUUCCUUGGAUCAUCUCCACUUCACUUGGCAACAGCAAAUGGGCACCUUGAUGUGGUGAGAGCACUGCUGUCGGUCAACCCUGACAUGUGCUUUGCUCAGAAUCGAGAUGGCCGGAACCCACUUCAUAUUGCUGUGAUCAAAGGCCGAGUUGAUGUCUUGAAAGAAUUGGUUCAAAACAAACCCGAAGCUGUUCUUCAUCGGACUGCACGGGGUGAGACCGUCCUACAUCUAUGUGUCAAACACUUCCAAUUGGAGGCAUUGAAGCUCCUGGUCGAGACAAUCGAAGACUAUGGUUUUAUAAAUUCUAAAGACGAUGAUGGCUCAACUGUCCUGCACUUAGCGGUAGCCGAUAAAGAAAUUGAGAUCAUAAGUUUUCUGACCAUGAAAACCGAGAUAGAGGUAAACGCGAUCAAUGCUAGUGGUUUCACAGCGCUAGACAUUGCCUUAGCACAGGGUCGAAGAAAUUGGAAAGAUGUAGACGUCCAGGAUUCCCUUCACCAAGUAGGGGCUUCAAGUGCAAGAGGCCUCUCUUCAACAGUGCACGGAUUGGAAGCUGUUGGGGCCAUGAACUUACGAUCAGAAGAUCAUUUUACAAGCUUACAGUCGCGGUUGAAAAGGAAGUAUCCAAGGGGACAGAGCUAUGGGUUGGGAGAAAAGCGAAAUGCGUUAAUGAUAGUGGCAUCCCUCAUCGCAACCAUGGCUUUCCAAGCUGGGAUUAGUCCACCAGGUGGUCUUUGGCAACAGGAUUUACAGGGGGCAGCAUCAAAUGAACAUGAAGCUGGCCGGUCCAUAAUGGCUGAUAAGUUCCCAGCUGCUUAUAAUAAAUUUGUUUUGCACAACUCCAUAGCUUUUCUAGCAUCUCUCGGUGUGAUCUUGUUGCUGAUAAGUGGCUUACCAUUUAGGUGGAGAUUUUCAAUGUGGAUUCUGACGGCGAUCAUGUGGGUUGCAAUCACCGAAUCAACUUUUACUUACUUGAUUUCCAUAUACUGUCUGUCUAGCCUUCAUCAGCGUAGGACUUACAUUGUGACCGUGGUUGUACUCAGUGUGGUGAUUCUUGGAUUGUUGAGCGUUCUUCUUGUGGGGCACUCUGCCCGCUUGAUCCCCAAGAUUGUCAAGUUUGGAAGAAGGUUAAUGGCGCCAACUGAUCGUCGAAUUUUGUUUGAGUGAUUCACACUAAUGUUGUAUCUGUACACAAUCUUCUUAUAAAAAAAUACUAAUUGUAU